AUGUACCAGUUUGAAUGGGGCGACGAUAGAGAACCCUUUGCUGCUACGUAUCCUGGAACACGUGAUCCGGAUCAUAUUGAUUACAGCACCAUUCACUUCUUUACUGAUUUUGGCAACUGCAUUCCUGAUUGUGCUCCAGAAGAGUCCCUUUUUGAGCUUAUCCACUUCAGCGGAGACUACGGUGGGGGGAACUGGAGGCUUGUUGAAGAUGUUACCACUAUUGAUGGUGAUGCCACUGUGGAAGGCGCUGGCAAAGGUGAAGAGAUUAUUGGUUGCAAGUAUUUGAAAGGCUGCAGCGACACUAACAUUUUUCGGGAGGAGUACAGUUUUAUCCGUUCCUGUGUCCCAUCAACCCGUGAUCAUUGUCUUAGAUUCCUGUUUGGAGCCAGAAUCAGCAAUUCAAAUGAAGGUCUCCUUUACAAGAAUGACAACAUACUUGUCAAAGUAGACGGAGGAGUAAUUGCACAGGACAACAAUGCACAGUUCGCUGCAGUGGACUUUGGGGAUGCCUGUGUGGAUGCAUGUGGUGAAAAUGAGUCCCUUUUUGAGUUCUUGAUGCAUCGCAACCAACUUGACAAUGAGAAUCCACCUCUCAGCUACAAACUCCAGGGUGUAGGAAGUCGAGCUGAAGAAGUAGUUCUCGAACAUACAUUUGAUUCACCAGCGAUAUACAACAGAUCUGCCAACUCUCUCCCCAUCAACUAUGAUAUCAUUCACUAUGCCCGGGAGUGUAUUGCGAGAGAUGGGUGCUACGAAUUUGAAGUAUCUUUGCCCUAUCUGGAGUGGGAUGAAAGAAACCACUCUUGGGAUGAGGGCCAUUACCAGCUCAAGAAGGAUGGAAUUGUUUGGAGGAAUAGUGAAUUCAGCUUUGGUACCUUUCGUGACGAACAUAACCAAACGACCAAUGUUGGCAGUUGCAAAGUUGGUGAAUUGUGCCAGGGUGGAGAGCCUCAGCUUCUGUUGGAAGUCACAACAUCUACUGAUCCUUCUGACAAUCUCACAGAGAAUAUUUUUUGGGGUGUCUCUCACGAAAAUGGAACAGAUGGCUCCUUCGGAUCCAACCAUUAUUUUCGUGAAGGAUUCCCACCUGGUUCCACAUUCAAGACAGUGGGGUGCUUCCCAGAUGACGAAGUUGUGAAGCAUCCUAAUGAUACCACAGUCAAAGUGGAGAAGAACUCUGUCGAGCUUGACUGCCGCCUCAAACAAGAUGGAGUCUUUGAUGGUUAUGCAAUUGCUCCUCUGAAUGGUACCUGCGGGGUAGCGCAGGACUCGGAAGCAGCUGAAGAAGCAAUGACUUCAGGAACUGAAGCCCCAACUUCUUCAAGCUCGGGCGCCAGCAGUGCAAGUAUCAGUAUUGUUGGAUCUGUGGCAGUGUUGAUGACGGCGAUCUUCACCAAGCCAUAA